UGCUCCGGUACAUUUUGGUUACUUGGUGGAACUACCACAAAUUCUAAAAUGGCAUCCAUUAAAUUACUCGUCGCAUUCUGUACUUUAACCGUUGUCGCGGCAUCUCCAAAACCAGGUUUCUUGUCCGGUGGCGGAGGUGGCGGCUGGAACGGAGGCGGCUACGGUGGCGGCGGACACGGAGGCAAACACGAACAUCACAUCAUUCACAUUCCAUUCCCAAUUCACCACAAAAAAGUUCACGUAGUGCACAACCACGUCGAAAAAAUCCCGGUGCCAAUCGUUCAUCUGAAGAAAAUCCAUCUUCACCACGACCACCACGAUCACCACGACCAUCACGAUUUCCACGAUCAUUUCGAUCACCAUGACCACGGUUUCGCUGGGGGAUUCGGUGGUGGAUUCGGCGGCGGAUUCGGCGGCGGAUUCGGCGGUGGAUUCGGAGGCGGAUUUGGCGGUGGACUUGCCUUGGAUGGUGGCUUAGAUCACGGAUUCGGAGGCGGCCAUGGUUUUGAUUUGGGCCAUGGACCAAUUGAACACGGUCCAAUCUUGCCCGUUGGUCCCGUUCUGCCACCACCGGUGCACGGUCCAAUCCUGCCGGUAGCUCCCAUCCUGCCGCCACCAGUGCACGGUCCACCACUCGACUUCCACCAUGGACACCAUGAUAUCGAUGAUCACGAACAUCUGCACGGACCUCCAAUUCUCGCACAUGGACCACCAGCCCCAGGAUGGUGGUAGAUUCCACGAGGAAGAGCAGUACCAAAGCACAUUAGAAAGAAAGUUCAAAACGUAUGGCAACACGACUGAGAGUUUUGAAGUUCCAAUUUUGUUGUUAAAUAUUGUUGUUUAAAUGAAUAUUGUUACAUUGUUGUUAAGAUUGUAAAUAAA